GAGUGUUAGUCAACUAACUUCAUCUGCUCGCUUGACCUACCCCUCAAUAGGUGUUCUGGCUAGGUACCUAGGAAGCGAUUCCGUGAGGGCCUCAUUAGAUUAUCAACAGGACAUUGGAGGACCGAAUCGACCUCGACGUCGGAGUUCGACCAUAAUCAGCCUGGCACGCUAGUAUCCGCUUAUAUCUUAUCAGCAUUCUUGAUUAUUUUGGAUCGCAUGUGAACAGUGUGAUGACCUGGAUGCAUACAUUGGCCCAGCCACACCAUUUCUUACACGUUUAAAUAGUUGUCUUACUUGCUCGUCCAACUCUAACUCUAAUCACCCGACAACGUUUCUCGCGACCAUGGACCAUUCCCAUUCCUUCCUCCUCGCUGACUCCAAUUUACAUGUAACUAUCGAAUCCAUCUCAAAACCGGAAUCUAAGUUGGGAUUGGGCGACAUGCUAACCUCGAUGGAUCUGAUUCGCGUCGUGGUGAACAAUAUCCUUCUUCAGAAAAACACGUCAACAGGUACGAAGAACACUAAGCAGAUCAAACUCAGGAAGCUCCCUGCACCAAAGAUUGCAGUCAACCCAUUGGUCACUUCCCGCCCCAGAGUUCCAUGGAUGUUUAUGUCCGCAAUCCUGCAAAAAUAUAUAUUCAAACCGCCUGCGGUCUCUGACGACAUUGAAUCCUUUAUUCACGUUAUCAUUUGGCUGGCGCUCCGGUUUUCUCAUCACAGGUUAUCCGCACGUCCGAACAGUAUGGCGUUCACGCUCUUUGGAACCUACAUUGAAACCGGGGACACAACCGAAGAAGGCUUUCCAUGCAUGUCGUACAAAAGAUGGGAGGCCAUCGAGAAGGGGACUCCGGGAUUCAUUUUCUACCAGAAAAGAAAACUCAAUUGGGUGAUAGAGACAUCGAUGGGUCUAUGUCAAUUACAAUACCGUUCUACCGACAUGGACCAGUUAGAAGAAUUCUUACCCCUCAGCUUGAGGCCCAAAGGUGCAAGUAAGAAGUCUACGACCGACCAAUCGGAUUCAAGCGUUCCGAAGCCCAAUCUGUCUCAGGAAGUCCAUGGGAACUCUUGGGUGGAGACAAGUACGAAGACGCAGGCCAAGCGCCCUUUAGACACUCAUGAAGGCAUUCUUGAGGUCCUUAGGCGGUCAAUUUCAGAUAAUGAAAUUUGGGAAAAGAAAACGGCCGAUCAAUUUAUCGAUCUUCCCCGCGUUGUUCUGACUUAUCGACCCGGAGGCGUCGCAGCAGGACUCAAUGUCUGAAACCUGUAUUGUGCAUCCUCAGUUGUGUGCGUUCAGUGGGUUUCGUGCAAUAACGACGUCGCCCUCGCUUGAAUAUAUUGAGCUUCUUCGUUGACUGCUUGCUUUCGUUAGGACAGCGACCCAGGUAUAAAAUAACUGUAUGCAGCAUUGCGACACGACGCUGAUAACUCUCAGCUGGUAUAAUAACCUAUAAUAUACAAAUCCGCCUCG